ACAAUAUUGUUAUUCUUCGUGCGUUUUUAGACAGAGUAAAAAAUAAUGGAAACAACUUCGGUGCAAAAGAUCAAACGCUCGUUUAAGCGUCCAUUUAUAUUUCCCAGAAACUGCGUUUAUCGGCCGCUGCGACAGCUUCACAACAUUGAACGGAAUCAGAAGCUGCCGCCCGACCAGCCGACAUACUUCACGCUGAAUGCACCGCCCUCGCUCAUACCACCCAAGAAAUACUCGGAUAUAAGUGGGCUGCCAGCGCCAUAUGUCGACCCCCACUCCAAACUGCGUUUCGCCAAUGCCGAGGAGUACGGCUCAAUGCAGCAAUUGCCUUCGGACAUCAUAAACGGCUACCUGACAUUGCGAGGCUUCACUAGCGCCGUCGGCUAGCAGCGGCAGUGAUGCCAACUUUAGAGCUAAAUGAAAAAAGCUAGUUUUACUUGAUCGAUAG